AUGCAGUUCGGACCCGCCUUGGCCACCGCGGCCGCUUGCUUGGUUGGUUCAUCCUUCGCCUGGGUGAUGAGGGUUGUCGACGUCGACAGCAGCCACAACCCGCGCAUAGAUGCCUGCAAGGUCACCAUGUCCAAGGGCGACUUUUCGAUUACAAAAUACACCAAAGCUUCAGACGGCCUGAGUAGGAUAUUCGUUACCGUGGAUCAGAGAUGCGUGGUGGGCGAAAUCGGGCAUAACCCCAAGGGUUUCAACUUUGACGCGAAACCCAUCCAAUGGGUCGACGACCCCAGUCCACAACAAAUCACGCAACGGAUUAGAAAGCUCAACAAAGAAGGGGCAACGCCGUGA